UUUGCGGAGGAAGAAAGCAUGGGUGCGGGAGCAAGCGCCGAGGACAAAAAGUCCAAGGAGUUGGAAAAACAACUCCAACAAGAUGCUGAUAAGGAUGCUAAAACAGUCAAGCUGUUACUGCUUGGUGCUGGUGAGUCAGGGAAAAGCACCAUCGUAAAACAAAUGAAGAUUCUGCAUCAAGGUGGUUACACAAAAGAGGAACAAUUGGAGUUCAGAGCGAUCAUCUAUGGCAACAUCCUGCAGUCUGCUUUGGCUAUCAUCAGAGGCAUGGAGAUGCUGGCCAUUGAUUUUGGCUCGUCCACCUCACAGGAGCUUGCACAGAAGCUGCAGAACUUGUCAGACUCCAUUGAAGAAGGCACAAUGCCUUCUGAACUGUCUGAUGUCAUCAUAAAGCUGUGGAAAGAUUCUGGUGUGCAGGCCGGCUUUGAUAGAGCUGCUGAGUACCAACUGAACGACUCUGCUGGCUACUACCUAAACGAAAUGGACAGAAUUGCCAAGCCAGACUACCUCCCCACUGAGCAGGACGUGCUGCGAUCUCGAGUCAAAACAACUGGUAUUAUUGAAGAGCAGUUCUCCUGCAAAGAGUUGCACUUCAGGAUGUUCGAUGUGGGUGGCCAGAGAUCAGAGAGGAAGAAGUGGAUCCAUUGUUUUGAGGGUGUGACCUGCAUCAUCUUUUGCGGAGCUCUCAGUGCAUACGACAUGGUGCUGGUAGAGGAUGACGAAGUGAACCGCAUGCAUGAGUCCCUGCAUCUAUUCAACAGUAUCUGCAACCACAGAUUCUUUGCACUGACCUCCAUCGUGCUUUUCCUCAACAAGAAGGAUCUGUUUGAAGAAAAGAUCAAGAAAGUCCAUCUGAGUAUCUGCUUUCCAGACUAUGAUGGCUCCAACACGUACGAAGACGCCAGCGACUACAUCAAGCAGCAGUUCUUGGACCUGAACAUGAAGAAGGGUGUGAAAGAAAUCUACUCCCACCUGACCUGUGCCACAGACACAAGGAACGUCGAGAUUGUGUUCAACGCUGUGACAGACAUCAUCAUCAAAGAAAACCUUAAAGAUUGCGGUCUUUUCUAAGCAGCUCCAGAAUGAAAAGAGAACUUCCUUUCCUACCUUAACCCCUCACAUAUUGGCAUUAACUGAGAAGUGUACUGUUGGAGCACAGAAGAUCCUCAAGUUUGUUGUGUUCAUGACAUUGCUUCCAUGCCAAGUCCCAGUCUCUGACUGCUCCUAGCACAUCAGCAUCUCCAACAGUACAUCCCUGCAACACAAUGCACGCCCAGCUGGGUUGAAACAACCAACGAGUCACCAUAUUGUUGUUGUUGACAUACGGCUUUCUACAAGGUUUUCUAAAGUACAGUAUUUGUCUCACACCAGAAGCUGCUGGUUUGAAGGUAUGAAGAUGAAAUAGUUGCUCAUUCGA